CGCAACGCAAGCGGCGGCUGCGUCGACUGACUCGGGCGAACACAAGUACACCUCACACCCACCCCUCGCACCCCACCACCCAGCUCGCCGCGCCUCCACCUCUCCGCUCCGCAGGCGCUGCUCGCUCCCCCACCCCCUUCUCCUCCCGCUCCUCCUCCAUCUCCUCUUCCUCCUCCCUCCUCCUUCUCCUCCUUCCCACCCAACGCCGCGACGUCGGGGGGAGCCAGCCCGCGCGCGAUGUCGGAGGAGGACGAGGACCAGCCGCCGCCCAAGCGGCCCAGCGCGUCGCCGCCCGCGGACCAGGUGCUCGGCAACGUGCUCGAGACGGUGCUCCAGUUCCUCGACGCGCCGCGGGACCGGAGCGCCGCGUCCCUCGUCUGCCGCUCCUGGCACCGCGCCGAGUCCGCCACCCGCGAGGCCGUCGCCGUCCGCAACCUCCUGGCCGCCUCGGCGGCCCGCACCGCGCGGCGCUUCCCCAACGCGCGGACCCUCCUACUCAAGGGCCGCCCGCGCUUCGCCGACUUCAACCUACUCCCGCACGGCUGGGACGCCUCCGCCUUCCGCCCCUGGGCAGCCGCCAUCGCCGCCGGCGCCUUCCCCGCGCUCGCCUCGCUCUACCUCAAGCGCAUCCCCGUCACCGACGCCGACCUCGACCUCCUCUCCCGCUCCCUCCCCGCCUCAUUUCGCGACCUCUCCCUGCACCUCUGCGACGGCUUCUCCUCACGCGGGCUCGCCUCCAUCGCCUCCCAUUGCAGGGCGCUGCGAGUGCUCGACGUGGUGGAGUGCGACAUGGCCGAGGAGCAGGAGGUCGUGGACUGGGUGGCGGCGUUCCGGCCGGAGCCCACCAACCUCGAGUCGCUCUCAUUCGAGUGCUACGAGCAGCCCGUGUCCUUCGCCGCGCUCGAGGCGCUCGUGGCGCGGUCCCCGCGCCUCACCCGCCUGGGGGUCAACCAGCACAUCUCCCUCGGCCAGUUGCGCCGCCUCAUGGCGCACGCGCCGCGCUUGUCGCACCUCGGCACCGGCUCCUUCCGGCCGGCGGACGGCGGCGAGGAGGGGGUCGGAUUCGGGGAGGUUCUCGCUGCAUUCGACUCCGCUGGGCGAGCGCGCACGCUCGUUUCUCUGUCCGGCUUCCGUGAACUCGCGCAGGAGUACCUGCCGACCAUCACCGUGGUGUGCUCCAACUUGAAGAGCCUUGACUUAAGCUACACCCCGGUCACCCCAAAUCAAAUUCUGAUGUUCAUCGGGCAAUGCUACAACCUUGAAACGCUAUGGGUGCUUGACUCGGUGCGCGACGAAGGGCUUGGGAACGUGGCAAUUUCUUGCAAGAAGCUCAAGUGUCUUCGCGUGCUCCCAUUGAAUGCGCAUGAGGACGCCGACGAGUUGGUAUCAGAGGUUGGCCUUACUGCCAUCUCGCAGGGCUGCCCUGAGCUACGCUCGAUAUUGUAUUUUUGCCAGACAAUGACCAAUGCUGCCGUUAUUGCCAUGUCACGGAACUGCCCGGAGCUCAAGGUAUUCCGGUUGUGUAUAAUGGGACGGCACCAGCCUGACCAUGCGACUGGGGAGCCUAUGGAUGAAGGGUUCGGUGCCAUUGUUCAGAAUUGCAGCAAGCUCACCAGGCUAUCCACAUCAGGGCACCUUACUGACCGGGCAUUUGAGUACAUUGGCAGGUAUGGCAAGUCCUUGCGGACGCUCUCAGUGGCGUUUGCUGGAAAUAGUGAUGUGGCGCUGCAAUACAUUCUCCAGGGUUGUUCAAAGCUAGAGAAGCUUGAGAUAAGAGACUGCCCAUUCGGUGAUGCCGGUCUCCUCUCGGGGAUGCACCAUUUCUACAACAUGCGGUUCGUCUGGAUGUCGGGCUGCAACCUGACACUGCAAGGGUGCAAGGAGGUGGCUCGGGGGCUACCACGAAUGGUGGUGGAGUUGAUCAAUGGCCAGCCUGAGAAUGAAAGGACCGAAAAGGUGGACAUCUUAUACAUGUAUCGAUCACUGGACGGGCCAAGGGAAGAUGUACCAUCAUUUGUGAAAAUCCUGUGAAGCUUCUGCUGUGGAGGCAUCGUAUGAGUGGCUGCCUGGGAGUAUCAUACUUCUGCACUUGCUGAGCGUGGAUCUAAUGCAAUCUGUGAGUUCAUCAGCGAAAUGUAAAGUUUUUCUACAGCAAGACCACAAGCGCAGGCUUCUUCGAGGGGGUGUCAUGGCCGCCUCAGUUUUGUUUGCUGCUCUUGGGAGGCUCCAGUUUGAGGAUCAUGUUUCUAUGCCGGCGCAACCACCAUUUUUCGAUGUGAAGCUUGUUAUCAGAUUAAAUUCAUUAGAACUUUUCCCUUCUGUUGUUAUUGUCAGUUGCAUAUUUUCCGUUUCCAUUUUCGCGUUUCUGAAGUCUGAACUAUGAGCAAAGCCUCCUGGACUGGGCUAUGUUGUUAAAUUCCAAUGCUCCUUGUCUCAAGUUUUGUGA